GUAGUCCGAAAUCAGUGCUACAAGACAGAAGUGAUUUUUUGUUCUGAUUGAAAUAAAAUAUAGUGUUUUAAAUGCUUUGAACUGCAAGUAUUCGAUUUCAAUUCAUAUUCAUUCGUUCUCUUUGAACAUUUCCAACCAUAGUUGUACUCUGCAAGUGUAAAAAAAUGUUUUCCAAAUUUCUGGUAGUAAUUUGUCUCAUUUUCAUAAAUGGCUGCCGAAGUGAAGAGUCAGCAACAUACACAGCAGCGGUUGUCGAAGUAAAUCCUCUGUCCGAAGGUAAUACCACAAAGAGUGUGAAUGAGGUCACAAAACAAGCCAUCGACAUCAUUGAAUCGAUUGAAUUGGAUGGAGUCGAUAUUGUAGUUUUGCCGGAAGUCAUUUUCAACCGUCAAAAUACUGCUGUGCUACUACCGAAUACAAACCUGUCAUAUUGCGAUGAUCCGGCCGUUGAUGAGGUGCUCCGUAGUAUCUCAUGUGCAGUUCGAAAGGCUAAAAAAUACGUGGUAAUCGACUUGUAUGUCAAAGUGAAAUGUUCAAUGGACGAUCAAUCGUUUUGCGCUUACGAAUCCGAUUCCACGAACCUCUACAACAUGGCCAUUGUCUUUGAUCGCAACGGCGAUGUGGUUGCGAAGUACCGAAAGUACCAUUUAUUCAAUGAGGACGGAGUGCAACAGACCAAAACGCCCGAUUUAACAACAUUUAGAACCGAUUUCAAUGUAACAUUCGGUGUGUGCAUUUGCUUUGAUCUGAUGUUCGACGAACCGGCCAUCAAUUUAGUCGAUCAAGGCGUGAAACACUUUGUUUAUCCAACGAUGUGGUUCUCGGAAAUUCCGUAUUUGACAGCCGUUCAAUACCAGCAAAGUUGGGCGUAUGCGAAUAAUGUAAAUCUAUUGGCAGCCAAUGUGAAUGCACCCAGCAUAAAAUGUUCUGGCAGUGGAAUCUACGGUGGACGAUCGGGUGCGUUGCAAGUAAUCGUCAGCGAAUCACCGGCAACUAAAAUUCUUGUAGCAAAGAUUCCCAUUGAUCCAGCUGAAGGAAACCGUCUCGAGGCACAGUCAAAUUCAAAUCCAAACACCGACUCGAAUGAAAGUAGUGAAAUGAUACUCUUCCAAGAUGAUAUAACUGAGUACACCGUGACAUUUUUGGACUUCUCUAGAUCUCUUGGGCAAAGCGGAAGCGUGUGCAAUAAAGCCAUUUGCUGUGAUUACAACAUCGAAGUCAGCGACAAUGGCGGAUUGGAAGGAAAGUCAUCAUAUUCAUAUGCAAUAUCGGUGUUCAGUGGACAUCGUCGCUACAAUGGCAUCAACAAUUUACUUACUGGUCAAGAAGUGUGCAGCUUAAUCGCUUGUACUGAAAUGAACACGAAGAGUUCCUGUGGAAUUCGAACAUCACCGUCACAAGUGCACAAUCGAUACAAUUUCACAAAAUUGUCGCUGAAAACAGUGCUUCCAGUCACUUACAUGAAAGCCAUGCCAAACACAUUGACCGCAGACUUGCUGCCGCUCAAUGUAAAGGAAUUUGAGUACAAAAUAUCCAAAAUAAAAGAACAUUAUGUGGUCGAGCUGCAUUUGAAUGUGCCAAAAUCAAAUCUGCUGACGUUUGCCAUUUUCUCACGAGACUAUGACAAGGAUGUGAUCACAAACGGCACAGAAUCUAGCAAGAUGACAACCAUGAUCACAUUUUGUGUUUUUUCAAGCAUUAUUUGGAUGAGAUGCAGCCAUUACGUCAAUCAUUGAUAUCAACUAUUUUAGUAUCAUUUUUUCUAUAAAGAAAUUUUUUGGAAUAAAAUAAUCUAUUCAUCGGAACUGUUAUUUUCGACUAACUCAAUCUUUGAACAAUUUCUCCACUACAUUUACUCGUACAUUGUGUGACAUUGUAUCUGUAAUGUGUUUGUCAAAUAAUAUGAUGUUGUCAGUUCGCAAUAAGUAGAUUUUAUCGUGUAAACGUGUAUAAACGAUAACUAAUUAGUUUUAUUUGAAGUUCAGUUGAUAGCCGCACGAAAAUCAGUUGUUAUCUCCACAAUUUCGGUAUUUGUUCAAAUGAAAUAAACAUUUUUGACGGAUUUAAUAACUUAUCAUUAUUACACAUCACUUGAUCUGUCAUCUAUAUUUGACACGUUCCACCAAUCCUGGAGUAUUAACAGGGCAACCGAAAAUAUUUAUUUAAAUAAAAAAUAUUUAAAUAAAUAUUUUGGCCAUUUUUGAAAAUUAUAUAGGUAAAUAUUUCCCAAUUUUCGAGUUUUUCGUAAAUAUUUUAAGGUUUUUGACGUCUUUUCAGAAAUAUUUUUGAGUAUUUUUCAAGCAAUGAUAAAUAUUUUAGAUGAAGGUAACAUAAAUUUUGCAAUAGAACAUGAGUCAUAUUUCAAGACAAAACAUUGCAAAUGUACUUUGCACGUCUCUACAUGACUUUGCAAAUCGAAGAUAAUGGAAUUAUAUCGAAUUGUCUCACUUAUAGUUGAUCAAAACCAAAAGUUGCAAUUCUGCAAUAUGUGCUAUUUCGACAGUAUUCAGUGUAUUUAUUUAUACAUUACUGUGUAGACGUUUACAAAUUUUAUUUAUCAGCUGAUUGAAUGAUCGCUUGAAUUUGCAAAUGUGUAGUCAUCAAAUAAUAUGUAAAUAACGUUCUCGCGCACUAAUAACUAAUUACUUCGAACGACUCGAUUUGACACUUUGAAUUUCGUUCUCAUUUGGAGACUGAAAUAGACGCGUUCAAAUUUGCUCCAAUUACGUCAACCGAUGUCGAGCGUUCAUUUUCCAAGAAUGUUUUGCGUGACAAUCGACGUUCAUUCCUUUUCGAAAAUUUAGCUAAACACGUUAUCAUUUUCUGUAACAACUUCGAAUAAUACUUAACUGUCGAAAAUGUCAAGAAAUAUUCAAAAUAUAAGGUUUUUUCCACUUAUUUUUUUCGUAAAUAUUUUCAGCUUAUUUUUAGUUUAUCGUAAAUAUUUCGAUGUUUUUUCGUGCAUAAAUAAAUAAAUAAUUUUGACUUUUUUCGUAAAUAUUUUCGGUUGCCCUAAAUAUUAAAAACUGUUCGAGUGUGAUUCUUAUUCUUCAAUAGAGUGAAUAACAUGUUGCAUUCCCAAGCGCGACAGUACGAUCAAUUCGAUGUCACAUCAGUUAGAUCAUCCAACUUGGAUGUGAGCAUUCGUCCUAGGCAAAUGUGACAAAGAGAAUGAAUAUCAAAACUAAAGAGUCGUUGCUUUUAUAAGAAUUACUUGAGACUAUUCACUAAUAUUCAUUCAUAUGUGACAAACACAUAUUUCUCUGGAUGUGACAUCGAAGCGUGUGACAUACUGUUGCGCUUGAAGGGACAACGCGUGAUAUGUUAGUAAUUUUGUUUAUUUUUUUUUUUCAAUCAAAAAGCAGUGAACAACAUAAGCAGAAAAUGUUUCUUCACCUUUCCUUUCAAUUCACCAUUGUCGCUGACUCCGAUAUUGUAAUCACAGCAAAUGGCGUUAUUGCACACUUUUCCGCUUGUUGUGUUUUUGAUUUGGUUUUCAGAAGAAAAAAACAAGUUUGAUGUUAGAUACAACGUACAUUACUCUGACUUCCCAAGAGUUAAUCGGCAUCCACUCUGAAAUUCGUUCUAUGUUGUAAUCAUGGAUACGGGAGAUAUCGCAGUCGGUGCAAAUCCAACGAAUGAAGAAUACAAUUUAUGGCAAAGUAUCGAUUUGCGCGUACAAAAAUUGAUAAGGAUGGGUUGUAGCAAAGUAAAUGUGCCGGAUAACUUGUUCAAAGUUUGAAACUGAGAAUCGCUUGUUUGUCUUGAAAAAAUAAUAAAAUCAAAAACCACUAAAAUGAAUCGAUUAUUUUA